AUGACAAGGCUACUGGUCAUCGAAUUGGGCGACGACUGCGGACGGGCGUUCAACAUUCACCCGCACUUGUUCCCCUUACAAAACCUCUGGCUAUACCAAAACUGGCGGACACUGCGAGGGAACAAGGUCAGACUGGACGACUUGCAACCGACACCCAUGACAGCCGAGGACCAUACUUCACUUAACAACCAUUUCUACUGCUGCCUCCAACGCCAUGACGUCGACCAUGCGUGCAAGAGAGCGCGGGCAACGGGGAGGGCAAGGAGGAGCAAAACUCCUUCAAGCAACGCACUAUCCCCCAAGAGUUCUCCCUGUGCCUUCGAGGGCUCCACGCUCGUCGACAAGGAAACUGCCGCCGGUCCAGCUGCCGGCGAGCCAACCGACGGCGCAAGACGGCAAGCACGCACGCCAGCGAGGCGCGCCGCGACUGGCGACAGUAAUGCCCACGUCCGGGCGCGUGGGGAAGGAGAGUGCGUGGCCGAGGAUACCGCUAGCCACCCGCUGCCCGUUUGUAUUCCUGACUCGAAGCGAGACACGGGGAGGAGGAUUGGCGAUCUUUCCGACCAGGCCUACCACACAAGCCGCAACAACAACCAAAGACGUAUCAGCUGCCUAUGCCAGCGGUCCCGGCCUGGAUUGUUCUUCCGGCCGGGGAUGCCCCACUGGGGAUUCCAGAUCUGCGUGGAGCACUACGGGCGGAAUGACGGAAACUAUGGGCAAUUGUGCUCGCUCCCCUGA